AAGCCACUUGCUGCUCCUUGCCAGCCGGCUGUAAAAGCACCCAGAGAGUCCAGGAGAGCUGGAUGAAUCCUGAGCACCAGCCACGGUUUGGUCGGCUUUUCCCUGUGGAGGAAGUUAAUGGUUUAAGUGAGGGGCGCCUGGAUCUGGUCCCCGAGUCACCAUGACACUCCUGGGGUCUGAGCACUCCUUGCUGAUUCGGAGCAAGUUCAGAUCAGUUUUACAGCUACGGCUCCAGCAGAGAAGGACCCGUGAGCAGCUGGCAGACCAAGGCAUCAUGCCACCACUGAAAAGCCCAUCUGCAUUCCAUGAACAGCGAAAAAGUCUGGAGCGAGCCAAGACUGAAGAUUAUCUCAAGCACAAGAUCAGAAGCAGGCCUGAGCGGUCAGACCUGGUCAAUAUGCACAUUCUGCAAGACUCGGCUGCAGAGGGGUCCAUUCAGUCUACUCAAAUGAAGCUGAAAAGAGCCCGACUGGCAGAUGACCUCAAUGAGAAGAUUGCGCUCAGGCCGGGUCCUUUGGAGCUGGUGGAGAAGAAUAUUAUUCCCGUGGACUCAGCUGUGAAAGAGGCCAUAAAAGGCACCCAGGGCGGCUUUCCCCGGCAGACCGACGCUUUCGCCUUCGAGGAGGACAGCAGCAACGACGGGCUGUCCCCGGAGCGGCCCCGCAGCCGCGGCUCCCCGGGCCCCGCCGAGCCGCCCCCAGGCUCCAAGGCCCCGGAGCCGCCCCCCGCCGGCCCUGCCGGGGCUCCACAGGAUCGUCCUCCCAGUGCCGAUGGCCACGCUCCGGACACUGCCCCGGGGCAGGGCAGCCAGUGCGACAGCCCCAAGCAGCCAGCAGGGCAGGAGAGCCCCACGCUGCCGGUGCCCUCUGCCGUGAAGUCCAAAUCAUCCAGUGAUAGCAAGAACCGUCACAAAAAGCCCAAAGACACCAAGCCCAAAGUGAAGAAGCUCAAGUACCACCAGUAUAUACCUCCAGACCAGAAAGCAGAGAAGUCCCCUCCACCCAUGGACUCUGCAUAUGCCAGACUGCUCCAGCAGCAGCAGCUCUUCCUGCAGCUCCAGAUCCUCAGCCAGCAGCAGCAGCAGCAACAGCAGCAGCAGCAGCACUUCAACUACUCUGGGAUGCACCAAGGACAGCUAAAGCAAUCAAAUGAGCAAAUGGUCAAAAGUUCAAAUUCUUCAUCAACUUCUGGCAACAACACCCCUCUUUCUCCAGUGAAAACCACCUUUUCAGGCCAGACUUGUGUCUCAUCUAUCAAGCCAGGCCCUCUGCCAUCCAACCUGGAUGAUCUCAAAGUGUCAGAGCUGAGGCAGCAGCUCCGAAUACGAGGCCUGCCUGUGUCGGGUACCAAAACAGCGCUGAUGGAGCGGCUGCGGCCCUUCCAGGAGUGCAGCAGCAGCACAGUGCCAAACUUCAGUGAGAUCACCACUGUCACCUUCCCUGUCACUCCAACAAGCACCCUGUCCAGUUACCAGUCACAGUCCUCCACCAGCAUGUUAUCAAACGGCUUCUAUCACUUUGGCAGCACCAGCUCCACCCCACCCAUCUCGCCCGCCUCCUCUGACCUCUCUGUGAGCGGCUCUUUGCCCGACACCUUCAACGACGGGCCCAUGUCCUCUCCACAGUUUGGUCUGCAGCCAUCACCGGUUCAUGGCAGUGCUGAGGAAAGCCUCAUGAGCAGCAUGAAUGGAGGGAGCAUCCAACUGGAACUGGAAGGAAUAGACACAGAGAAAGACAAGAUGCUGGUGGAGAAGCAGAAGGUGAUCAAUGAACUGACGUGGAAGCUGCAGCAGGAGCAGAGGCAGGUGGAAGAGCUGAGGAUGCAGCUCCAGAAACGAAAGAGAAGCAAUGGCCUUGAGGAGAAGCAGCAGCCUGCUCAGCAUUUCUUUGGUGUCCCCAUCAAACAAGAGAACACCGUGUCCAGCUGUCCAUUUGCAUCCAAACAAAUGGCCCUGAAAGGCCAGGCCGGCAGCUCGGAUAAGCUGAGUAACUGUGGGGUACCGCAGGUGCCCCACAUUGUAAACAGCCACUGCUUGGAGCCCACAGGGCAGAGCACCAUCACCUCCUCGACAUUCCUGAGCCCGCAGUGCUCACCCCAGCACUCUCCCCUGGGGGCUGCAAAGAGCCCCCAGCACAUCAGCCUGCCACCGUCCCCCAACAGCCACUACCUGCUCCCGGUGUCCCCCGAGGGCCGCAGCGGGUCCCCGCCGGGCAGCAGCUGCCUCCGCACAGCGCCGCAGAUGACACGAAGUCAGCAGAUGGACGAGCUCCUGGACGUGCUGAUUGAGAGUGGAGAAAUCCCGGCCAAUGCCAAGGAAGAUCAGUCCUGCCUGCAGAAAGUCCCUCAGAUCAUGGUGUCUACGGGGAGCUCCGGUGGCUCUGUGGCCAAGGGCUCCGCCCCGUUCGAGCCGGUGUCCUCGGCGCCGCUGCCCUUCGAGCACUGCCCGGGCAGCAGCGACGCGCACCUGGAGGUGCUGCUCAAUGCCCACAGCCCCCUGGGCAGGGUCAGCGAGAUGGCCCUGCUGAAGAUGGGGGGAGAGGAGCCCCACUUCGAAGGGAUGAUGGAGGGGUUCUCCGGCAAAGCCGCGGAUGAACUGCUCAACUCCCAGGAGAUUUUACAGACUCCCCUGUCGCCCAUGGAAACCCAGCUGUCCCCUUCUCCUGCCGAGGGCUCCGGUUUACAAAUGAGUUUCACUGAGUCUCCGUGGGAAACAAUGGAGUGGCUGGACCUCACCCCCCCCAGCUCGGCCACCGGCUUCAGUUCGCUCACCCCCGCGGGCCCCAGCAUCUUCAACAUCGAUUUCCUGGAUGUUGCCGACCUCAACCUGAACACCAGCAUGGACCUGCACCUGCAGCAGUGGUGAAGGGACGUGCUGGGCAGGAUGCUGUGAGCCUGCAGCAGGCAGCACAAUGUUCUUGUCGUGCCAGAGAACAUGCAGGGCUAACGUGCCUCAUCCAGGGGAAACUGGAGUCAUUUUCCCAGCAUAUAAACUUGUUUGAAUUUCCAGUCACUGAAAAUUGACAGCACAGCUCUGGUACUUUGGUUUUCCUCCAUUGACACAACCCCACAGAGGACACCAGUGCCUGAAACAACACUUCUUUGAUUGACAAGUAUUUCCAUUUUCUUUCUUUAAUCUUUCCCCCCCAGUUUUAGCAGUCACUCUCGUGAGAACUGGAGCAGCUCAUGACAAGACUGUGUGGUGAAGUGACCUCACCUGGAUGGCAACAGGAAGUCAUGGAGAGGGAAGCCCACUGUUGCCCUCCUCCUCUC